GAAAUUAGCAUAAAUUCAUUAUAUUUUUUAAAAAAAAUUUGAAUCCGAAAUGGAAAAUAAUAAUCUAGAUAUUAAUGACAAUCACAGUGUUGCAGAUCAUUAUAUAGAUGGUCUAACUUUUUUAGAAGAAAAUCAAGGUACUACUCUGAAGGAUCUAUCUAAUUUAUUAGAUAAAACUCAAGCUAUUUAUUCUCAAGUAAAGGAUAUUGUCACAUUGAAACUUGAUGCCCAACUCUUGGCAUCACUUGCUAAAACAUUUGAAAAAUAUGUUGAAGAUAAUCCAAUUUGUGAAGAUUUAUAUCCCAAAUAUGACCCAGAUAAAUGGGCUAAAAAAUUGAAAAAAACUAUAAAUUGUUCUGAAAUCAAUCAACAAUUUUGGAAUAAUUUAAGUGGCCAUAUUCACUUUAACUUAACUGAACCUUUUAAUUUUAUGUAUGGGACUAAUCUUCAAACUUUCACUGAAAAUCAGAAUCUGAUAACAAAUCAAUCCACAACAUCAGGUUCAAAACAAGAUUUAAAAUCUGAUAAAAACACAACAAGAAUAAAUUAUAAAGAAGACCGGAAUAAAAAUGAAAAUUCUCUGAGGCGAGCAACUAAAAUAAAUCAAUCACAAAUCUUUAAUUCUAAUAAUCCAAAUGACACGACUACAAAUAAUGAAGUUGAAAAAAUUUAUAAAAUUCUGUACAAAAAUGUGGACCAAGAUAACACUGUGCCCUUUUGGCCUCUAGUUGUGAACACAAUCUCUUUUGAAAAAACAAUUCUAAAUAUUUUCCACAUAUCUUUUUUAUUGAAGGAUGGACAUGUCACUCUUUUAAUCAACAAAAAUGAUAAGGUUAAUGAUACACAUGAUACAUCUGAAGAGGAGGGAAUUGAUAGACUUGUGGGUACAUAUCAACCUAGACUAAAACUUUUACAGUCUAAUGAAGAGAUUCAAGUUGACUUAGCUGAUGAUUUACCUGAAAAUAAUCAAUUUCUUUUUACUUGUUUGGAAUUAACAAAAAACCAAUGGACACUUUUAAAGCGUGUUGUUAAGCCCAUUAAUUAAAAUAAUAACAUUGAUCAGAUCAUUUUAAUUAUAAAUUUUCUUGUACAGAUAAAAGAAAUACAAUACUCAAUCAAGAAAUUAUUUUUUGAUAAUUGAUGAACACUAAAAAAGAAAUUUUAUAUAAUAUAUAUACACAAUUAAAAAUAAAUAUAAAAUACAUUAAAGAAAUAAAAUUUGAGAGAGAUAUAGGCACAGAUAAAACUAUCUCUUUGAGAAUUUCAAUUAGAAAAUUUAGGGGGAUUAUCUAUUAGACUGCUUACUUCAUUUUAUAUAGCUUAAAACAGAAUUUUAUGAGCCAUGGUCUAGGAUUAACUUGAUAUAAUCGAAGAGAUAGCUCAAAACAUUUAUUUUGAUGAUCUAUUAGUUGCAUUCCUCAAUUGUUUUUUUCAUGAAUAAUCACAAAAAAUAUGGUAUACAACUGGUAAAUAUUUAAAAAGAAUUUAACCAUGAAUAAUAAAAGUAACUAAUAAAUAAAAAGAGAAAAUCACCACAUAAUGAAUCAUGGGCAAAAAGUUAUAAAAUAUAUAUAAAAAUUUUGGAUUGGGUUUUUGGCCUAAUCUGUAAUAUUUUAUUGCCCAAUCCAAGAUACAAUUUUGUAAAAAUUA